AUGGAGGUUCUCACUAAUAUGCUCAACUCAAGGUUCGUGGCGGGACAUAUCGGAUAUCAUCCUCUCGGAAGGAAUCUUACUAUCUCCCAUCUUGCCUUUGCUGAUGAUCUCAUGAUUUUCUAUGAUGGAGGGAUCAGUUCGAUCCAGGAGAUUGCUUCCUUGCUUGACACCUUCAAAGACCUGUCAGGUUUGUACAUGAAUAGAGACAAAUCCACAUUGUUUGUGGCAGGAGCUCCGACCGAUGGACUUGAUCAACUCGGUUACCCUCUUGGAUCCCUUCUUGUGCGCUACCUUGGUCUCCCUUUACUUCAUCGUAAGCUCAAGAAAGAAGAGUAUGCCCUGCUUCUCGACAAGGUAAAGGCGAGGUUCACGGAUUGGUCAUCUAAAGCUCUGUCCUUCGCAGCCUUUGCUUUACCAAAAGGUUGUUUGAGAGCUAUCGAGAUGAUGUGUAACACGUUUCUGUGGUCUGGAAAUAUCACCAAGCGCCCGGCUGCUAAAGUCUCUUGGAAAGAUAUUUGUCUACCAAAGAAAGAAGGUGGACUGGGUCUCCGCAACUUUGCUAUCUGGAACAAAGUUUUGACUAUGAAACUGAUAUGGAUGCUAAUCACAAAUAGUGGCUCUCUAUGGGUCGCCUGGAUGAAGGAGCAUAUGCUCAAGAACUCAGAUUACUGGUUAGCUGAGACAAAUCAAGGCUCCUCCUGGAUAUGGCGGUUCCUUCAUACUCUGAAAUCGAUGGUGAAACCUCUCCUGACGAGUUCCAUUGGUGAUGGCCAAACUGCAAGCUUCUGGUACGAUAACUGGUGCGUCAUGGGUCCACUAAUCAAUUUCCUUGGCCUUGAUGGCCCACGUUUAAUGGGCAUCCCUCGGGAAGCAAAGGUGGCGCAAGGAGUUGGACCGCAUGGAUGGAGACUUCCUUCAUGCAGGUCCCGCAACCCUCUUCUCCUUACUGUCCGGAAUACUCUCAGUUUACUGGACCCACCUUCAGUAUCAAAAGGACCAGAUGUUUUCUCUUGGGGACAAGAAGGCGCAAGGAAGUCUUUUUCAGUACUAAACUCACCUGGGAAGCAUUGA